AUGUCGGCCGCGGGUUCCGCCGACGCGCCGAGUCUUUACGCGCUGCGGGGUGUGCCGGCGGCGGCUUCCGCCGACGCUCCGCCGCCGCGGAGGGCGCUGAUUUCCGCAGCGGGCGCCGACGGCUCCCCGGAGACGCUUUCCGCGCGCGUGCUUGACGAGGCGAGCGCGGAGGGCGGACCGGAGGCGCUUUCCGCCGCGGAGACUCUUUCCGCGCGCGUGCUUGAAGAGGCGAGCGCGGAGGGCGGAGACGGGACGGCGGAGGGCGGAGAGGCGGAGAAUCUUGACGAGGGGAGAGUGCUUGCUUCGGAAGAGUCGGGGGAGGCGGAGGAGGGCGCGUGGGAACGCGCAAGUGCUGCUGCGGAAGAGGCGGAAGAAAGCGUGGUGGAAGCGGAAGAUGGGGGAGAGGUGGACGCAGAGGGGACUGAGGAAGGCCGCUUUUUGGCAGAGGAGGAAGGAGAGACGGGGAAUGAGGAGGCGGAAGAAGGGGAGAUAGGGGAUGCGGAGGCGGUAGAGGGGGAGAUGGAGGAUGCGGAGGAGGGGGUUGAGGAGGGGAGGGUGUUGGAGGAGGAAGUGAAGGGAGAGAAUGAGGAUGAGGAUGAGGGGGAUAUGCAGGAGGGAGAGGGGAUUGAGGAAGGAAGGGCGCUUCAGGAGCAAGGAGAGUCCGAGGAGGUUGGUAAUCUGGAGGCAGAGGAGGAGGAAGAGAAUGAGGAGGAGGGGGAGGAGGGAGAGGCGGAGAUGCAGGAGGGAGAGGAGGUUGAGGAGGGCCGGGUGCUGGCAGAGCAAGGAGAGUUUGAAGAGGAUGGUGCUUUGGAGGGAGAGGCGGAGAUGCAGGAGGGAGAGGAGGUUGAGGAGGGCCGGGUGCUGGCAGAGCAAGGAGAGUUUGAAGAGGAUGGUGCUUUGGAGGGAGAGGCGGAGAUGCAGGAGGGAGAGGAGGUUGAGGAGGGCCGGGUGCUGGCAGAGCAAGGAGAGUUUGAAGAGGAUGGUGCUUUGGAGGGAGAGGCGGAGAUGCAGGAGGGAGAGGAGGUUGAGGAGGGCCGGGUGCUGGCAGAGCAAGGAGAGUUUGAAGAGGAUGGUGCUUUGGAGGGAGAGGCGGAGAUGCAGGAGGGAGAGGAGGCGGAGGAGGCAGAGGAGGGGAUUCAGGAGGAGCAAGAGGAUUUCAGCGAUGAGGAAGAGGGGGAGAUGCAGGAGGGGCGGGCUUUGGCCGAGAUGGACGAUUCUGAGGACGUGAAUGGGGAGGAUGAGGAGGAGGAAGAGGAGGGGGAGGGAGAGAUGCAGGAAGGCAGGACUUUGGCAGAGAUUGACGAUUCUGAGGAUUUGAAUGGGGAGGAUGAGGAGGAAGAGGAGGAGGAGGGGGGGGAGGGGGGUUUGCAGGAGGGCAGGGCUUUGGCAGAGAUAGACGAUUCUGGGGAUUUGAAUGGGGAGGAUGAGGAGGAAGAGGAGGAGGCAUACAUGCAGGAGGGACGGGCUUUAGCCGAGCUUGACGAUUCUGAGGGUGAGGAGGAGGAGGAGGAUGAGGAGGAGGAGGAGGGUGGUAGGAUGCUGCUGGCAGGAGAGGAAGACGAGGAGGGCGAGAGUGAGGAGGACGAGGAGGAGGCAGACAUGCAGGAAGAGAUGGAGGAGGAUGGUCGGGUGCUGCUGGCAGAAGAGGAGGGCGAGGAGGGCGAGGAGGGAGAGAGUGAUGGGAGCGAGGAGGAAGGGCAGUGGGCUGAGGAGGAGGGGAUGGUGGAUGUGACUUAG